AUGGAGAACCCGGACCCCAGCGUCCGGUGUCCACUGCAAGACCAGCGCGCCCGUUGGGAACGGAAACGCAUCUGCACCGCCCGAGAGCUGCUUGAGACCGAACGACGCUAUCAGGAGCAACUGGGGCUGGUGGCCACGUAUUUCAUGGGGAUCCUGCGAGCCAAGGGGACCCUGCGACUCCCAGAGCGCCAGGCUCUGUUCGGGCCCUGGGAGCUCAUCUAUGGAGCCAGCCAAGAUCUACUUCCCUACCUGGAAAGAGGGCGCUGGGGACAGGGACUGGAGGGCUUCUGCCCCCACUUGGAGCUUUACACCCAAUUUGCUGCCAACGCAGAGAGAUCUCAAACUACCCUACAGGAGCAGCUGAAGAAAAACAAACGUUUCCGAAGGUUUGUGCAGCUUCAGGAAGGACGGCCUGAGUUUGGGGGGCUUCAGCUCCAGGAUCUACUCCCUUUGCCUCUGCAGCGACUCCAGCAGUAUGAAAAUCUCGUUGUUGCUUUGGCUGAAAACACAAGCCCCAACAGCCCGGAGUACCAACAACUUGCAAGGGCUGCCCGACUGAUCAGUGAGACUGCCCAGCGGGUCCAUGCUAUUGGCCAGAGACAGAAAAAUGACCAGCACCUCCGGCGAGUCCAGGCUUUGCUCAGUGGACGCCAGGCAAAGGGCCUCACCUCAGGGCGCUGGUUCCUACGUCAGGGCUGGCUCCUGGUAGUCCCUCCCUGUGGGGAGCCUCGGCCUCGUAUGUUCUUCCUCUUCACGGAUGUGCUCCUGAUGGCCAAGCCUCGACCCCCAUUGCAUCUGCUGCAGAGUGGCACCUUUGCCUGCCGGGCCCUCUACCCCAUGGCCCAGUGUCAACUCCACCGGGUCUUUGGUCACUCAGGAGCCCCCUGUGGUGGACUGCUUAGUCUGUCCUUCACACAUGAGAAGCUACUACUUAUGUCCACAGACCAGGAGGAAUUGUCACGCUGGUACAACAGUCUGACUUUGGCCAUCAGCAGCCAGAAGAAAUAG